GGGUCGUCAGUUUUGCCCCCUUCUUACCCCUCUCCACUAUCUCUUUAUAUUUAUCUUCUCUCAAACACUCUCUCUCUCUUUCUUUAUUUCUCUCUCUAACUUCUCUUAUGUUAUGGCCUAUGGUUACUCUGUCUCAUUCUCUAUCUUCUUAGCCUUCACCUUCCGAACUCUGUUAACCUGUGCACACCCUUCUUAACUGCCGAUUGAUGACAACGAAGCCAAGCUUAGAACCAAGAAAGCGGAGGAUAAGAAAGCGGAGAAGACAUCGAAAAGAGGAAGAGUUGGUAGUAGUGGUGGUGGUGAAGAAGGGUUAGAUACAUGUCUCUGCUGCUGAGUAGCAGAGAAGUCUCUGCGGGGCCCACUGUUGGGUUCCAGAGUGAUGUCGUCGCUUCUCCUUCGGCGGCGUAUGUUAGCAAUCGGAAGAUGAACGCGGCCGCCGCCGCGGCGGCUGCUGCUGCUGCUACUGCUACUGCUUCUGCUUCGUCUUCUUAUUGUUGUUUGGAGAAGAAGGAAGAGAAAGAGUUGUCGGUGGUGACCGGUGAGUCGGCGGGGCUGGUUGAAUCGGCUGAGAGUUCGUCGAUCGGGGUUGCCGGAGAAAGUACUUCAACGACUGUGGACGGUGAUGAUGAAGAGGGUGAAGAGGUUCAGAGUAAACUCAAAAGUGGUAGUGCUUUGGGUUCCUUGGGUUCUCUGGAAGAAUCUCUUCCCAUCAAAAGAGGAUUAUCGAACUACUUUUCUGGGAAGUCGAAAUCAUUCGCAAGCUUAUCAAGUUUUUCAGAUGUGAGCAAGGUCCAAGAUCUUGCCAAAUCAGAGAACCCUUUCAACAAGAGGAGGAGAAUUCUCAUGUCCUGCAAAUGGUCCAAUAGAUCUUUAUACAACGGAUCUCUCAAUCCCACAACCUCUAUGCCUCUCCUUGCUGUCUUGGAUGAAGAUGAAGAAGAUCAAACAGAGGAUCAUAAUCAUGGUCAUCUUCAUCAUCUUGAAAAAAAUUGGAACAAGAAAAUGGAGAAACAAACUAUUGAAGUCUCAGAUGAUGAUGAUGAUGAUGACUCUCCUCCAUCAUCCCCAUCUCCAAUGCGAAGAAAGUUCAACAACAACUACUUCAAGUCUGGGAAAUGUUUCUCUCUUACAGAUCUACAGAACCAUUAAUGAUUAAUCCUCAUAACCUUCCACCCCAGUAGGAAAUCUUCAUAAAAAAAAAACCCCCUUCUGUAAUUAAUUUUUGAAAAAUGAAGAUGCAGGCUAACCUAUAGUUAAUCUA